CACAUUCGUGUCUAUCCCCGUACUGAUGGAGAUCCAUGAAAAUGUCACAAUGGAGUGGCGAACAAUCAGUUGCAGAAUAUGGGGAUUUACAGGCAAGUGCAAUGGCAGUGGACUGCACUGGACAAUUUGCAGUCUUAGCUGGCCGGAAAGUGAUGACCUUGGUAGAUUUAGACAAUCCAACAGAUAGAGUAACAAAAUUGACACGACAGAGUAAAUUUGAUAUAAGUUGUGUAGAGUGGCAUCCAUAUCCUGUCUGUGGAGAUCUAUUUGCUACAGCUUGUAACCAGAGAUUAGAUUUAUUUUCUUGGACGAGUUAUGGAAAUAUUAAUCAGAAAUGUUCUAUGAGAGGACAUUCCAGAACUGUCAGUGAUUUAGAUUGGUCUCCCUUUGAUGUCAACAUAAUUGCUUCCUGUUCAGUGGACUCUUACACACAUUUGUGGGAUAUAAGGGAUCCAAAGAAACCAUCAAAUUCAUUUCAGACAGUAGCCGGAGCCUCUCAAGUAAAAUGGAACAAAGUGACUAACAAUUUAUUUGCUACAACACAUGAAGGAGAUGUUAGGCUGUGGGAUCCUAGAAAGGGAAGUUCACCUCUUCAGUAUAUAGCUGCACAUUUAUCAAAGAUCCAUGGUUUAGACUGGAGUCCAGACAGUGAGACAAACUUUGCAACCUCAAGUCAGGAUGGUACUGUCAAGUUUUGGGAUACCUCCAACCCUCGUCAGAGUAAAGGUGUCAUUACAUCUGGUUCUCCUGUAUGGAGAGCAAGGUACACGCCAUUUGGCCAUGGACUAAUAACAGCUGUUGUUCCCCAACUUAGAAGAGGAGAGAACUCUUUAUAUUUGUGGAAUUUUGAGAAUUAUGUAGCACCUGUACAUCAGUUUGUAGGCCAUCAAGAUGUUAUUUUAGAAUUUGAAUGGAGAAAACAAGCAGAAGGUCUCAAGGACUAUCACCUUGUCACAUGGUCCAAAGAUCAAAGUUUACGGAUAUGGAAAAUAGACCAACACUUACAAAAGUUAUGUGGUCAAGAUGUUGGUGAGAUAAGUGAUUCUUCAGAAAGUGACAGCACAUCAUUACCAUAUGAAACCAAUGGCUCCAGUCCUCCUACUAACCAAGAAAUGGACUUCCAGAGACAGAUGUCCGCUAGUCCUGAAGUAUAUCCUGGUCAGAAACCACGGACUUUAGAACAGGAGUUUAUGAUGGUCAAUGUAGCUAUAGAUAAUGUUAGAGUAGAUGAGCUGGAUGUCAGUACCAGAACCUGUAAAGUAACAGGGAUGAUUGGGAAUAACAGUCUAAAGCUUGUCAUUUCAUUCCCCAAUCAUUAUCCCAUACAUGGGGUGCCUUUCUUUGAAUUCACAGAUAUAUUGGUGGAUAAUAAUGUCAUGCUGAGAUUGCUGAAGGUAUUGAAGGAUACAGCAAACAGACAUGCCAGAAGGAAUUGUUUGGAACCAUUACUGAGACAGUUUUCUACAACACUAGAUUCAUUGUCAUUUCAGACAGAAGAAAGGAUAACACCAGACACAGAAAAUUUGCCAGCCUUUUCUCCUUUCUAUUUACCUUAUUCCCGAGGAGAUAUACCUUUUGUCAAGUUUGGAUCCAGACUGGAUUCUCACAUUCCAUUUCCUAGGACUAGUGGUGCAAGAUUUUGCUCUGCAGGUUAUCUAGUUAUAUUUGGAAGAUCAAAAGAAGCACAAAAAGGUUCAGAUUAUACACCAAAGUCAAUGUCUGACUUAAACAGCUUAGUUCAGAAAAACAAGAUGCGUCCACAUCAGACAGUUCCAUUCAAUUUUGCUGCCUAUUCUCGUAGUCCUCCAACAGCUCAACCUGACAUAACUAUUGCUACAUAUUACUAUAAAAGUGGUCCAAAGAAGAAUAGAGCCUCAGGAAAGAGAUAUAGUGCUGAUGUUAGAGAGACAGAAACCAAGAAACCAAAUAUCGCUCCAGUUAAAAUCUAUGACAGUAGUAGACUUUUAGCAUUGCAUAAAAUUUUGGGAGAACAUUACAUAAUUAAUCAGUCAGAUAUAUCUACAAUGUGUAAACACAAUACCAGUGUAGCUGCCACGGUUGGUAGAAAAGAUUUGGUUCAGCUGUGGUCAUUGGUGGCACUAACUGCUGAUAAAAGACUUCAGUGCUCUGAAGACCCAGAUGAGGGACCUCCCUGGGGUCGACAUCCUUUUGGUAGAAAACUUAUGCAAUCAUUAAUGGAAUAUUAUAUAAAGCUGAGAGAUGUACAGACAUUAGCAAUGUUAUGUUGUGUGUUCUGGAAUGGUCAGGAGUUGAUGGCGCCACCUCCACCCAAACCACAGCAGUCAAUAUCAGUAGAAUAUUCAACACCACCAAAUUACAACCCAUAUCAUACGGUAUCUUCCAUGUCAAACCUUGUGAAGGGCUUGCAGACUCUUCCUGUUGCCAACAAGCUAGCUGAUAUUGUUAGCCUGCUAUCACCACCUCUCUCAGAAGUCUCAUCACACCCUAACCUUCCUGAGUUAAUACAACCAACCAACCAAGGCGUGAUGAAACUUAAAAGAUCAAACAGUUAUUCUGGAUUUGAAAUUGACACCAUUGACAAUGAUUUCAAAUUAGAGGAAGAAGAAGAGGAUGUGAAAGAAAGACAAGAACAACUCGAUAAGACAUCUCAUGAGAAUUAUUGCAGAAUGUUAGAUCCCGUAGAUAAGAACAAGUAUGAUGAAUACUUGAGAUGUUACGCUAACAUCCUUGACUGCUGGGGUUUGAAGAACCAAAGUAGAGAAGUGAUGAAAUUUGUUUCAAAUGCUCCACCAGAACACAGAGGAAUUGAAUUCAGUGUAUAUUGCUACAAUUGUAGCCAGCCAGUCCGUGGAUCACAAUGUUUAUCAUGUAAAUACCCAGCAUUCAAUUGUGCAAUUUGUCAUUUAGGAGUCAAAGGUUUAUCAAAUUUUUGUCUUGCAUGUGGACAUGGUGGUCAUACUGCACACUUAACAGAGUGGUUUAAAAGAGAAAAUGAAUGUCCUACAGGAUGUGGAUGUCAGUGUCUAAAAGCCAAAAUACAUAUUACUUUACAGUAGAUAUUAUGGACUUGUUACCUAGUUACUCUGGGUAAUUACAGUUGUUAGGAUGAUUGUGAAAGAAAUUCUUCAUAAAGUUUCACUUUAACCUUGAGGAAUUGUGGUAAAGUUAAAUGUGUCAGAGACUUUUAUUUGGAGGUUAGAAGAUUGAAUUAGAAGGAAAAUUAGGAAGGACUUGUAAAUAAGUUGUUCGUGCCAUUCUGUGGAUUGAUGGGAAAGAAUUAAUGCAUAUAGGUUUACCUUUAUCUUGUGGUUUUGUGGAAAAGUUAAAUGUGUAAGCUACUAAUCUAUCGAGAACUGUUGGAAAGAAAAAAAAAAUCAAUAAUUUCACAGUAUUAUAUAAUGUUUCUAGUAAGGAAGAUAUAUUUAUUAUGUAAUCCUUUUGAAGAUGGAUUGGGAUGUUGUGUGGUCUUAUAUGUUAACAGAGUGCUUGUAUUGUGAGUCAUUGAAAGAGUUUGUUAAGCAGUAAAUGUUGCUUGUUAAUUCUUGUUUACUUGAUUAACUUUUGACACAAUCAUAUUUCAAAUCAUUUAUAUUUAAACACUUAAUACUGAUCAGUAUUAUAAGAGAAGAACCAUAAUCACUAGGAGAAAAAAAAUCCUGAGAUGAUGGUAUAAAUGUGAGGUUUAAAGUUGACAGGUGUUAUGUUAAUAUGUCCUUAGUUAAUGGUAUGAAUGUAAGGUUUCAAGUUGACAGAUGUUUUAAGAAUAUAUCCAGAGUUGAGGGUAUAAAUGUGUAUUUAAAGUUGCACAUGUUAUGUUGAUAUAUCCUGAGUAAACAGUAUAAAUGUGAGAUUUAGAUUUGAGAAACGUUAUGUUGAUAUAUUCUGGGUAGAUGGUAUGAAUGUGAGAUUUUAAAAUGACAUAUGCUUAUUAUUAUGUUCCUGAGUUGAUGUUUUGAAUAUGAGAUUUAAAGUUAACAAACGUUAUGUUAAUAUAUCCUGACUUGAUGGUAUACAUGUGAGAUUUAAACUUGACAUGUUAUGUUAAUAUACCAAGAGUUGAUAGUAUGAAUGCGAGGUUUAAAGUUGACAGAUGUUAUGUUAUAUCCUAAGUUGAUGGUAUGAAUGUGAAUUCAAAGUUGAUAGAUGUUAUGUUAAUAUAUCCUGAGUAGAAGUUAUGACUGCGAGGUUUAAAGUUGACAGAUGUUAUGUUAUAUCCUAAGUUGAUGGUAUGAAUGUGAAUUCAAAGUUGACAGAUGUUAUGUUAUAUCCUAAGUUGAUGGUAUGAAUGUGAAUUCAAAGUUGAUAGAUGUUAUGUCAUAUCCUAAGUUAAUGGUAUGAAUGUGAAUUCAAAGUUGACAGAUGUUAUGUCAUAUCCUAAGUUGAUGGUAUGAAUGUGAAUUCAAAGUUGACAGAUGUUAUGUCAUAUCCUAAGUUGAUGGUAUGAAUGUGAAUUCAAAGUUGAUAGAUGUUAUGUUAAUAUAUCCUGAGUAGAUGUUAUGAAUGUGAGGUUUUAAUUUGACUGAUGUAUCGUAAUGUUAGUAUAUUGAGAGUAUAUGGUAUCAAUGUGAGGCUUAAAGAUGACAGAUUUGUUAAUCUAUCUGAAUAGAUGUUAUGAAUAUGAGGUUGACAGAAUGAUACUUAAGAUGUUAUGUAAUGUAAUACCAUUGUCUUUCAAAGUUGUUUGUUGUAAUAAAUGAUAUUUGUUAUA